AUGACGUCAAUCUUCAGCGCAGGUCAGUCUAUUUCGAGCAUCGGCAAGUCCAUGACAGCUAUCGCUCGAGUGAAGGACCAUCUGGCUACUUUUAUGAAAAAGGUGAUUUACUAUGAGAAGUUUUUCCAGCGCAUGGGCCCGAAUCUACCUGUUUGCGUUGUCAGUACAGCGGUACUUCUCUUCCAGCGCUGCUACGAGUACCGAGACGAAAUUCGCGACGAAUUAGAGUCUAGUGUCGCGUAUGUAGCUGAUGCAGGUCGCUGGGUCGUAGGAAUGGGUGAUUGGAACAGCAAGAUGGAGAAGCGUUUGAGCCAGAUCAGCGAACUGGUGCUGCUUGCCAACACGUUGCUGACAGAGUAUGCGGUGACGGGAGAAGUGGGGGCGAAGGGAUGUCACGACGAGUUGGUCGCGUAUCUGCAGCUUCUGACAGCAACUGUUUCGUUGAAGAGUGCCCCUGUAAAAGUUCCAGCUGGGAAGACGGUAGCAACCUUGGACGGUAGACCGCCACAUAUCCGCGCACAGUCGGUAGCAGCAGCUGAAUUCGGCUCGGAGAUAUCGGCUCUUGGUACGGGUAUUUCUGGGGCGUUCUCAGAGAUGUUUGGCAUUAAUGACGUUGGGAAGUCGGUCAUGUCGGAUUGUACCCUACAGACGUCUACGCUUCAAGGGUUUGAUACUGACGAUGACGACGCAAAAAAUCCAUUCGCAACUUCGUUUCAGCGUCCAUUUGACCCGAGCUCCAAUGGCACGGGCAGUGGGGAUGCGUCUGUAGCAAGCAGUAUGCAAAGCCUCUUGGAUGCUACGUCAGCGGGCACAAGCGCGGUGCCAGAUUGUAUACUUUCAGAUGGAGGUGCUCUGGAGGGUCCAUUGAGUCCUUUGAGCAUGGGCGAGUAUGAGUGUUUAACGCUGUGUGGUAUCCCGAAGUACGCCGCGUUCAAGUCUUCUGCUCAGCGAGCUGCGCGACACAAGUGUGUACCGAGCAACGGAAGUUGUACAACUGGUAUGGCAAGUGACGGAGCGCGAAGUGUGCACAGCAGUUUGAGCACAGGGUACAACGAAUUGUUUCCGUCAGCAGCAGUAUCAGCACAGGCUGUCUCCAGAAGCUCAAGCUCCCUCGACACAAACGUUGACCUGAGGAAAAAACCUUCUGAGAAGGUGAUUAUGGAUAUGAACUACUCAUACGAUGUCCAGUAUGAGGUGGCGCACAACCCAUUCCUUUCGCCGGGUACGUCAGGACCGAUGGUGCCAUCUCUCGAGGACGGGUGCUCUCUUACAGCACAGCACAGUGUAUCGUCACUGAAGCAGCAACCAGCACAAUUGGCCGCUGUGACUUCAAAAAACACGCCGGCGUCGCCAACCUCGGCUUCGACGACGGCGGUACCUGAUUCACACGCUGAUGAAUGGGACGUACCCGGCUCGUCGUUUAAUACUGCUCCAGUAGCCCGUUCUGUCUUCGGGGCAACUCCUCCACCGUCAUCAUUACAAAAAGCUGUCGAUCAAGUGCCUGCCUAUGCUGCAUCAGUCGAUCAAGUACCCGCCUACGCUGCAUCACAUUGCGCGCAAAAUGGCAGCGCGCAAAGCUCGAGUAGAAAUAGCGUGCAGGAUCCUGUAGAAACAGUAGACGACACAAAAGCACAGACAGCUGUUUCAAGUACCGAGCACGAGCACGAGCUGUGUAGUGGUGACCGGGAGUGCGAUCUCUUUGGAAUAUAUCAAUCGUAA